ACUUCACUGAUGUGAAUGUCAAAUGACUUAUUUCCCCCUACACAUGCGCACUCCGUAGGGUGUGAAGUAACGGCUAGUCAACUCAGUCUAGUGCACUACUACAACAACAAGGAGCGAAUUGGGAUCCGGCCCAGGUUUAGUUUCGCGAUAUCUGGGCUGCUGCAGGUAGAUAAGACACUUCAUUUAUAAAUUGAUCUCGUUUCCUGUCUAGCUGCAGAAACACGUAUCAUUUAAAUAUGUAUUUAAACUCCCGAUAUUUACUCUCAAUAUGCUAAUUAGUGAUUAGCUAGCUAGGCCUCAGACGUUCUUCACGUGCCACCGUGUUCCUGAAGCUCAAUAAUACACACUUUGUUCAGAAGUGAUGGAUAAGACACUGAGCAGCAGUGCGCCGGUUGUCCAGGUGUGUUUCCCCAACGUGAGAGCACAGGUGCUGGACAACCUGAACCGUCAGCGAGAAGAAGGACGACUGUGUGAUCUGUCCAUCCAGGUUCAGGGUCAGGUGUUCAGGGCACAUCGCUGUGUCCUGGCGGCUUCCUCGCCCUACUUUCAUGACCAGGUUCUGCUAAAGAAUGUGAGCACGGUGUCUCUGCCGUCUGUCAUGGACCCGCUGGUCUUCGAGAGUGUCCUCAACUCCGCCUACACAGGCCAGCUGAGCAUCGUGCGUGACGACAUCGUCAACUAUGUGACAGUGGCCAGCUUUCUGCAGAUGUGGCACAUCGUGGACAAGUGCACAGAUAUCCUCAAAAGAUCAAGACCUUUGACCCAAGCCAGCCCAGGUGUAGAGUCUGGCAACUCCAGGCACCAAAGUCCCAGCAGCUCGGAUUGCUGCCUGACCGAACCCGAGGAGCAGAAGAAGCCCCUCGCAGGAGAAUGUGCCGCUCUUCCACCCCUGGCCACCUGGAGGAGGCCGCAGCAGGUGCCCCAUCAUGGUAAAUGGGGCAAAUCCAGGCUGUUUCUGCCCCCGCAGCACAGAGCCGAUUCUCCCCCGGCGGGGGAAAUGGAGCGGGCAAGUAGCCCAGAGGCUGCGAAUGAGAAACGCAACUGGGUGCGCUCUCGCCUUCGCGAGAGCAGAGAGGUGGACGAGGAGGACAGAAGGCGAGGGGAGAGGUGGAUGGAGGCAGAUGAAGGUGUAGGGGAGGAAUCAGAGUUGGAGGAGGAGGAGCGACGGGCCGGAGGCUGUGGCUCAGGGGCAACUCUUAAAAAGGAGGGAGAGUCAGGGGGAGAGGGACAGGGUGCAGAGAGGGGCAAAGAUCAGCAGGAAGGGUAUCUGGCAGCAGCUCAGGACGCAGAGGAAGUGCUCGUUGCCACUCACUGUCCGAUUUCCGGGCGCGCUCAGUGGCAGCCGGCAGCCGAUUGGUCGACGGGUCCGUGCGCUCAGCCGGGAGGGAAGUUAAUCGAGGACGCCGAGAAGGACGUAGAAGAAGUGGACUUUGGACGCUUCACAGAGGGAGGAUUUGAGGGAGAGACGUAUGACGAGAUCGAGGAUGGCACGGGACAAGUUUCCCAAAGGCCUUUGCUUCCCGUGUCUCCUGGCAACGCCGGGGGAAUGGAUUUUGUGCUAGGGCCUUCGGAGCUCCCGUGGACAUCGGGCGCGCUCUCGUCCCCCUCCGUCCCUCCUUCCUCCUCUCCCGUGCCCUCCUCCUCGUCUCCGCCCUCCCUCGCGCCCUAUGCUGGCAAAGUGCACUUCUGCCACUGCGGUAAAGCCUUCACGCUGAAGAGCAUGCGAGACCGUCACGUCAAGAUGCAGCACCUGAACCUGCGGCCCUUCGCCUGCCCCGUCUGUGCCAAGAGCUUCAAGAUGAAGCACCACCUGACCAAGCACGUGAAGACGCACGGCGCUCUGAGGCCUUACGAGUGCAACGUCUGCGGCAAGAAGAUCAUCUGGAGGGACAGUUUCCUCAAACACCAAGCGCGCUGCCAACACCUCGCCAACAGGUCGGUCUGCGCAGACACCAACGGAGCGGAGUCGGAUCAGGACAAGGUGGAGCUGGAGUACGAGGGUUACCCGGGUGAGGGACACGUAAAGAUGGAGCAGGGAGAGCACGAGGAAGCUCCACUGGAGCAUGUUCUGAAGGAGGAAGACGGAGGCAGCUACACUUGAUGAGCAGAUCAUAUCAACAAAGUGUUGGUACAGAAUCCUGUAGAUGUCGAGCGACAUCCUCACGACUCCAUCCACCACUGCAAGACCACAUUAUUUGUUCUUCUUCAAAUUUCCAUCACGAUUUGAUGUCUGCCUUGACUGGAGAAGAUACAGUUCCUCAAGGAAACCAUGAUAUUGUAGAAUCACUGGUACUGCAUGGUGAUUACUCACACUUGCUUAUCAGUAUUAUAAUUUCACACUGGUUCAGAGACAUAGCUCACAGCUUUCGGUACCUCAGUACCUUUCAGUACCUUUCUGUACCUUCGCAUCUUUUUCAAUCGCCAAAUAACAGAAGUAGAUUUUUUUAAUGAAUAAUUUAUUGUGCAGUCUAGGCUUUUCAGUUCACUCUGUGUGCAGCGUGCGGCAUCAGGGUUUUUAAACAAAGCUGGAAAAGCGUCUGGAAAUUUAAAAUGAUCACCAGAGCUGGAAAAGAAUAAACAGUGUUCAGGAAAAAAGCUAUCCAUUGUAUUUAGAUGUUUCCUGAACUGAUCUGGUUUAAUGAUUUACUUUUAUAUGAAUUACUUUUAACUACAUUUUACUAGUCAGUGUGCUUUAUUUCAAUUAUGUGGGGUAUCAUUUCUGUGCUUUUUCACCGUGAAGUAAAUAUAACAUGCAAACGGUCGCUUAUUAAACCAUUUGAUUAUUAUUAUGAAAUGUGUGUGUUCCCUAAUAAAGCUUAUUCGCCCCGCACAAAAAUAAAAAAUCAGUGUGGGCUUGACCACAGUCAAGGAAGUAAAACUGUCCAGUAACAGAACAGAUGAUGCAGAAUUAUCACUCAACUUCGAGUCAAAGCUAAAUAAAGAGCCUUGUUAGGGUUUUUUAUUAAAGAAACCACUUUAAAAUAGCCACUUUAAAAGAGACUUACUGACCUUUACACAUUUUAUAUAGCAGCUCCUUUUUUUUGCAACAGCGUAUGCUAAUAUGAGUUAUCUCUCAAAAAUCUCUCUUCUUUUUCUUUACAAUAAAACCGAAAAAAUGAUGAAAUAUGAAUCUAGGCUCAUUUAAAGUUUUCUAACUCUGGAUAUUAGUUGAAGCAGUGGAAGCCCCGCCCCCUCCAGCCAGUGAUCAGCUGCAUGUCAAAGUAAAUGAAGAAUGUUUCGAUGUGACGUAAGAUCUAUUGAUGUAUUGCUGACUUAUAGCUCACAUUAAAUGUGUAUAUAUUUAACAGCAGUCAGUUAUAUUUAUUAGGAAUUCCAACAACAAUUGUUUUUGCAAUAUUUUUCUGAAAGGGGGGAAAAACUAACAGCAUUUAUUUAGGCACACAGUGUCAUGCCCAAGACACUUUGAGGAAGGUGGCACAUCCGUCCUCUCGCCUCCAACUUCCCCUCACACACACUUGGUGAGAUCACACUCCCUUGGUCAGACUUAUUUCUCUUCAGGGUUUGUGUAUCUCUGUAAACUUUGGUUAUUAAUGAAAUCCAACACAAUACACACUCUUGUCAUUAGGAUUGGACUCGUCUCUACUCAAUAAUAGAUUUCAGGAAGACAAGUCCAUGUCUCUCAGGAGUCUGUAUCGUUGAUGGUCUCAUUUUUUUUUUUUUUUUCUUUAAAGUUGCUUAGACACCAUUGAGUUUAGUAGUUCCAUAAUUCCAUAAAGAUUUAGCAGCGAGGAUGAGCAAGUCUGCUAAUAGGACAUCUUUUUUAUCUUGUUUGUUUUUUCCAGAGCCAUUUGGAAGUAUAUUAAAGUUUGCUGGAACACAGGGUACAGUUUUAAGAGUUUUAAAAAUGAGUAAAGAUGGCUACUCAAGCAAAGAUGGCCAGUUUAUGUGAUUUAGGAACCCGGGUAGAACGACAUACGGUACGCUGACGAGUGUAACUAUAUAAUUGUUUAACAUAUCAUUUUCUUUUAAAGUGUUGAAUUGAAUAUUUUACAUUUUAUAUAAAGUCGACAGGAUUGGAACAACCUGAAGAAACCCGAAACCGUGCAUCAGUGUAAGAGUGAUGGAUUUUGGCUUUUAAUAUCUUUAUAUAAUGGUGAAGGCUCUGUCUGUGUGGUGGAGUCUGGAAUCUGUAUGGAAUUUGAUGUAAAUGUGUCUCUGAACCUCAGCACAUGGACUCACACACACACACACACACACACACACACACACGGUUCUCAUGCUACGAAGUAUGACGCGGAGUGUAAAUAAAUACGUACGACAGAGACCAGAACUGACCUGAUGUCACAGGUCGACUUCCAUAUCGCCCAGACGUAUUUCUGGAAUUUCCUUUGGUUCAUCGUGUGUUAGAUUCUAUCAGUUUGGUUCAGGAGACAAACGAGACUCUGAUGUGGCUGUAUUUAUUAACGACUUGUUGAUAGAUGACCUGUUGCUGAGAAUAACAAAAAUUCUGUGUCUGCUUGAUUACAUGACUGCUUGAUUACACACUGAAUAAACAUCAACACCUUUA